GCGAUGAUGCAGCUCCCACGUCAGUCCUAGUGUGUUGUUAUUCCCGUGACAAGAUGGCGUCUAUCAUGGAGGGGCCGCUCAGUAAAUGGACGAACGUGAUGAAGGGCUGGCAGUACCGCUGGUUUGUUUUGGACUAUAACGCGGGGUUGCUGUCUUAUUACACGUCCAAAGACAAAAUGAUGCGAGGGUCGAGAAGAGGGUGCGUCAGACUAAGAGGGGCUGUAAUUGGUAUUGACGACGAGGAUGACAGCACCUUUACUAUAACGGUUGAUCAGAAAACCUUUCACUUCCAGGCUCGCGAUGCUGAUGAACGUGAGAAGUGGAUUCAAGCAUUAGAGGAGACCAUCCUGCGACACACACUGCAACUCCAGGGUUUGGACUCUGGCUUUGUUCCAAGCAUUCAGGAUUUUGAUAAGAAACUUGCAGAGUCUGAUGCCUACCUACAGAUCUUAAUAGACCAGGUAAAGCUGUUUGAUGACAAAAUACAAAACUGCAAAGAUGAUGAACAGAGAAAGAAAAUUGAAAAUCUCAAAGACACCACAUGUAGCAUGAUAGAGUCCAUCAAACACUGUAUCGUCUUGCUGCAGAUUGCCAAGGACCAAACUAACGAGGACAAGCACGCUGAUGGACUUAUAAGCACCAUAAAUCCUGUGGAUUCCAUCUACCAUCCAAGCCCUCUGGAAGCCCCUGCAAACCACACUAUGCCAACACAGACUGUCCCGAUACCCGAUUCCGUCCAGGGGUGUAAAGGAGAAACUCGCCCAUCCUCCUUAGCUGUUGGACCGGCGGGGAAUGCCCUCGGAAACCAUCAGAUUCCAACACCUAAUAGCACAGGAAGUGGCCAUUCUGCUCCCAGCAGCAGCUUGACAUCACCCAGCCAUGUCAAUCUGUCUCCUAACACCGUCCCAGACUUCUCGUAUUCCAGCAGUGAGGACGAGUUUUAUGAUGCAGAUGAGUUUUAUCAGAGCAGCACCUCUCCAAAGCGAGGCAUAGACCCUUCAGAGUCUGCAGCCGCCCUAAGCCACAGCAGCACAGGCACCAGUCUGAGAAGACCGGACACUACAGAGUCCCUAAACUCCUCCAUGUCUAAUGGCACAAAUGAUGCCGAUCAGUUUGACACACUCGAGGACCGUGAUGAUGAUGGCGAAGGGGAAUCUGUGGAGGAGCAUAAAAGUGUCAUCAUGCACCUUUUGUCCCAGGUCCGACUGGGAAUGGAUCUCACUAAGGUCGUUCUUCCUACUUUCAUUCUUGAAAGAAGAUCUCUGUUGGAAAUGUACGCAGAUUUUUUUGCACACCCGGACCUGUUUGUGAGUAUCGGUGACCACAAAGAUCCCAAAGACAGAAUGGUGCAGGUGGUCCGGUGGUACCUGUCCGCAUUUCAUGCAGGAAGAAAAGGAUCCGUUGCUAAGAAGCCUUAUAAUCCCAUCCUGGGAGAGGUUUUCAUGUGUCACUGGGGUUUACCAGGGCUUGAAAACGACGAGAACCCUGAGCCAGUUGCUGAAGGACCAAUUCCUUGGGCUUCCAAAAACAAUGUUACGUUUGUUGCCGAGCAGGUCUCGCACCACCCACCAAUUUCAGCCUUUUAUGCCGAAUGUUACAACAAGAGAAUACAGUUCAAUGCUCACAUCUGGACCAAGUCUAAAUUUUUGGGAAUGUCCAUUGGGGUCCAUAAUAUUGGGCAAGGUUGCGUUUCCUGCCUGGAUUACGAUGAACAUUACAUCUUAACCUUUCCCAAUGGGUAUGGGAGAUCUAUCCUGACAGUGCCUUGGGUGGAACUUGGCGGUGAAUGCAACAUUAACUGUUCCAAAAGCGGCUACAGUGCGACCAUCACAUUCCAUACAAAACCGUUCUAUGGUGGCAAGAAGCACAGGGUCACUGCAGAAAUCUAUUCUCCAAAUGACAAGAAAUCUUUCUGCUCAGUGGAAGGAGAGUGGAACGGCGUCAUGUAUGCAAAGUACCCAAAUGGGGAGAAUGCUGUGUUUAUAGAUACCAAGAAAAUGCCUAUUGUAAAAAAGAAGGUCCGGAAGUUAGAAGAUCAGUUGGAAUAUGAAUCUCGCAGGUUGUGGAGAGAUAUCACCUUUAACUUGAAAAUCAAAGACAUAGAUGCAGCAACGGACGCAAAGCACCGUCUUGAGGAGCGACAGAGAGCAGAAGCCAGAGAACGCAAGGAAAAGGAAAUGACAUGGGAAACCCGGUUAUUCCACGAGGACGGUGAAUGUUGGGUUUAUGAUGAACCACUCCUAAAAAGAGAGCCCACCCUGAAACACUAAGUAGCUGGAGGAAUGGUUCCUGCAGAAGAGAUUCUAUUACACUAAGAAACAAAAGGUUUUUCCUUUGAAACUCCUAAUGAGCAAGCUGGUCCGUGUGCUGCGGAGAACUCCCUUACACUGCUGUGAUUCCUAACUCAGGGAUACUGGACUUUACAGAUGGACAAGUCAUGCAGGGCUCACAUCCUCGCUUUACCAGCCCUGGUUAUCCCCUGCCAAACGCACUUGCUCAGGCGCACCAUCAAUAGAAGCUCUGUAUAACAUGCCUCUUUGUUUCCAUGACAACAGCAGCGACGACCCUGCUCGGACCAUCUUUCUUACUAUAUUCAUAACAGAACUUAAUAGUGCAAUUAUUUAUCCAAAUCUUUAUAUACCGUAUAAAUCUGCCAUUUAAUACAGAUGUUUUACUUUUGAAGGAUGUAAACUUAAUUACUUUAGCAUUUUGCCAUUCAUUCUACUCUCACUAUAUCCACCUGGUAGCUUUAAACAUAGAUAUUUUUUUUUCAUCCAAUCUGCUCUGGCAUUUGUAUUUAUUUGUUUCCUAAUAAAAAUUAGAGCAAAUUAUUUUAAUAGAAUUGCAUUUAUGAUUUGCAAUUAAAUUUAAAUCUUCAAUAA